AUGAAUAACACGACGACAACAAUUUCAGUACCUGUUCAUGGUUUUUACCCGUCUCGUCCGAUUCAAUUCGGCAUUUUACUAAGUUUAACAAUUUUAUCCAUUCCAUGUUUCACGUUUGUAUUCUAUCACACUCUUUGCAAUCGAACAUUCUAUCGUGUAUUGGGUAAUCAUGUCAUUAUACUUUUAUUAAUCAGUAACAGUAUUCAAACAUUUACUGAUGUUCCAAUGCGUUUAAGCUAUUAUUUUACUGGAACGAUUUGGCCACGUACUGUCCAUUAUUGUUACUUUUAUUAUUUCAUCGAUUUUUACCUUUUUACGACAUGCUUUUUGUUGAUAACAUGGGCAUCGUUUGAACGACAUAUUUUCAUCUUUCAUCCUCAAUUCUUCAAUCGAUUUUCAGCACGUGUCAUUGGUCAUUACAUUCCAUUGACUUUUUGUAUUGUUUAUCCACUCAUUUAUUACACAAUAUUCAUCUUCUUUUAUCCUUGCAAAAGUUAUUACGAUGAAGAAACUUCACUUUGUGUUGCCGCUUGUUAUCUAUGGGUGAGUACAGUGAUGGCACUGUACGAACAGAUUGCUCAUGGCUUUGCAUUGAUGUUUUUGAUCUUUAUGUUCAACAUAAUGCUUUUCUUUCGCAUCAUUCGUCAAAAACGGCGAAUGGGUAGACAAAUGACAUGGAACAAAAAUCGAAACAUGGCGAUACAAUUAUUUAGUAUUUGUUUUCUGCUUUUUCUGACCAAUGGAGGAUAUUUUCUGGUUCAAUUGGGACAAAUGCUGUGGAAUCCGAAGUUUGGACAAGAAUUUCUUAAAUGGCUCUUUCCACUGUCAAUGUGCAUGCCGCCGUUGACUCCAUUGAUGUGUCUGCAUACAAUACACAAUCUGACAGAGAAAAUCAAAAGAUUUGUUUAUUGUGGAAAGCACAAUGCUGUGGCACCUUUAACAGCGACCAAUGCGAAACAUAUGACAUUGACAAACAUACGACGUCAUUAUUGA